AUUUCUGCGGUUUGUCACUUGUUUGUGUCUCCUAGGUAUACAUUUUACGAAGUCAUAUUAUUAUGUAUCUAUUAUCAGUUAAGAAUCAGUCACGUCGCUUUGAAUUUCGCACACCAUGUUUUGCAUAGACAACUGGUUUUUCAGGUAUAAAUGUGAAAUCCCAGUCAUAAUUUAUACAAGACUAGGGUUCAGAACUUGACUGAGAACCAAUUAAGACGAAUGGAACUAUACUGGGUAUUUGCAACAUUACCACUUGCCUGGCCAGGCCCGGGCCUGCAAUAAUUAUCCUCGUGUUUGUUUUCAGUUGACAGAAUGCAAGAAGCUAUUGCUUGGCUAGCUACCAUAUGCAGAAGCAGAGGAAUAGUACCUUUCGUGUUUGCGAACCUUUUGAAAAUAUUUCAAUAACUUGUGGUUCAAAUCGCGUCGAGUCAGUGUAUGAAAUUCUGACAAAUUAGUCUGGAACAACUAACGACCUUGCCAGUCAGUGGACAUUCCAUGUCGCCAUGCCUACUUUUGGUUUGAUGGAGAGAAGAGAAGGUAGAUAGGCUAAUUGGCUUCCCGAAGGCUUUCACCAGCUGGUGUCAUUUCGUCUCCACGAUUCCAAGCAUAAACCAUGACACCAGAUGACCUAAUUUACGCAUGUAUACUCAUGCUAUCAUUAUCUAUUGGACCGUUGAUUCAGAAGUGUGGAAAAUCUCGACCAUGGUGCUCAGCUGUUGUCGGAUUUUUAAUGCUUUUCUGUGUUGCAGGAAAAGCUGUUUGGCAUUCACUGCUUACAUCAUCUGUCUUCACGUUGGCUUUUUUGCUUUUCCCUGUCAGGUUUUUGCACUACAUUACUGUUGUUUGGUGCUUUGGUUAUUUGGGAUUCUUCCGAACCUGUCAUUAUUUCGGAUUUGCUCCAGCCACUCCUGUUACAAAUAUUGUGCAGCUUUUACUGACUUUACGUUUGAUUGGUGCGUCGUUUGAAAUAAGUGAUAGCUGGCUUAUAGACAAACAGUUGCAAAGUGAAACUUUGCAGCCAGAGGAUAAAAACACUCUCAAACUAUUGAAGAUGUAUAAAUCUGUUGAACCUUCUCCUUUGAUGAUCAUGUCGUAUGCCUACAGCUAUAUUGGUCUGUUUACAGGUCCAUAUUACAAACUCCGAACAUUCGAGGACUUCAGUAAUUGGAAUUGUAAAAUUUGCAUGAUCACGGAGGAACCACUUUCACAGCAUCUUCAAGAAGCUCCUCCAUUUGGUGUGGCUUAUCUAAUAUUAUCCCACUUUUUUACUGUCGAUUAUGUGCGCACAACAGAUUUUUAUGAUCGACACUUCUUUUACCGAUUAUUUUAUAUGAUGAUAGUUUUCUUUACUUUUCGAAUGCGAAUUUAUUUUGCCUGGAAAAUGUCCGAAUGUGUGUGUAUGUCGGCUGGAUUGGGUGCAUAUCCUAAAUUAUCUGAGCCUGAGAAAGGUGAAGGACCAACUAAUCUUCGUGCAUUGAAUUCAUAUGUAGAGCAACAAGCGGCGAAGAAUAUGAAAACUAACUUUGAAAAUUCGCUGAGUCAUCAUCAUCAAGCUCCGAGCACUGCUAACUCCAUCAUCCCUCCCAGUUUGGGAAAUAAGUCUAGUAGUGAAAUCGGAUCAAAAGCUACUGUAAUUUAUAACUAUACUACGAUAUACAAUUUAAGUGUAUGGGGUUGUGAAUUCGCACCCACAGUACGAGAGUCAAUAAAGUCAUGGAACUGUUGUGUACAAUAUUGGUUGGCUACCUAUUUUUACAAACGGUGUAAAGCUCCACGAAAUAUACGAACUCUAUGGACAAUGUUAGUGAGCGCUUAUUGGCACGGUGUACAUGCAGGCUAUUAUCUAUCAUUUCUGACUAUACCGCUUGCAUUGGGUGCUGAGUCAAGUUUAAAAAACAUAAUUGGUUUGUGUGAAAAAAAUCUGCCAACUGGUAGUGCUUCAUUUUUGUCUUGGCUAUUAAAAAUGCGUGUAUUUGAAUACUGUUCAAUGGGUUUUUUAAUAUUAGACUGGCAGACAACAAUAGCCUAUUGGUCAAGUAUCUAUUAUUGUGUUCAUAUAGUUUUAAUUUUACUCAUUAUUUUUGAGUUCUUUCUUCGUCUUGUAUUACCAGCUAGAGCAUUUAAUUCAUCGUCAUCAUCAAAAUUAUUUCCUCAAUCUGAUGUCAUGAAGAAUGAUGCAUUUGAUCAAACCACAAUUCCCUAUUCUGAUCAACAAUUUGUUGAUAAAUCCAGAUUAUAAAAUUUAUCUAUCUUUGUUGUUCAUUGAAUCAAUAAUUAUUGUGUGGAGAUGGGCUUUUUCGAUUGUUAGUGUUCAUUGUAAAAAAUUUAGUUUCCUCUUUUAUUGUUGCUGUAGUGUACAACUUUUAUUUUCUUCCUGUUUAUGGAUAUGUUGUUUAUUUGUUGUGUUACCUGUUAUCUAGUCUUAUUUUGUAUUUUAUAAGAAUUAGUUCAUUUCACUGCCAAAUUUAUCUGUUGUUCUGUUUUUUGCUUGACGCUCAGCACAGAAUUUCCUCAAACUAUUUUGUAUUUCUCAGCGAUAUUAUAUGCAUAUCUAUUUCUCUUAUAUAUCUCUAGGAAAGCGGUUCUAUGCUGUGGUUUACUCGCCUUUUAGCCAAUCGCAUUACCUUCUACUACUGCUAAAGCGUGUGCUCAGAUUAACCCCAGUAGUGUUAACUUGUUUAUUUGCCACUACCGUUGUGCUGUCGUCUAUUAUCAAUAAAUUUUCUUUUAUGCCUGUUUCGUUUCGAAAUCCUAAUUUUAUUUAUUUAUCAAUUAGAUUACAUAUGGUAAGGAUAAAAGUUUAAAAACUAACAACGGCAAAACCGAGGAUUGUGUUUUAUGUUGCAUUCAUCAUCUAGUCGGCAACCUGUUUAUUUAUUGUUUAUUUUGAUUUGUUUUUCAGUACUUUUCAGUCAUUAUAUGCAACCACAAUCACAUGCAUUUUGGCUGAUACAUUUUAUUGUUAUUAUUAUUAUUAUUACUUAUCUAAGAAAUAAACUUGUUUCUUUCCUAAAAUUUCUGUUUAUACUGGAUGUAUUAAUAUGCAAGAAUACAGCAAGAUGAAUAAGGUAUGUACACUAUAUUCUUACAGAAAUUUGUUUCCUUGCAGUUUUCUCUUCCUCUUUAUUUUUAAAAUGGUGAAGAAUAGAAAUGUCAUGGGAAGUUUCUGAAUGAUAAGAUGUACUUUAUUUAUAUUUUGGUUGUUCUUCCAAAUAGAUAUCUUAUUCAAAGUAGAUAUUGCAUUCAAAUUAUGAAUUUAUUUUUUGUAUAUUU